AGAGAGACCACCAGUGCCAGUCACUGUGUGGGUGUGAGAGGGUAAGGACGUGCUCGCGCUCGUUCCGAGAAAUAUGAUCAAAAUGUAAAUAUCAGUGUGUGUUCAUGAAAGUGAAAAAUAUAUAUAUAUAAUUAUAUCUCUACCUUAAGUUUGUUCAUGAAAACGAAGAAGAAGAGUGUUUUGCGUUGCGUGUGUUGUGUGGCCUCGUUCAUAAGGUGACUCUGAAAAUGCAGUCUGAGAAUCAAAAAAAGCACUCUGUCGCGUGACUUGGUGAACGCGGCCUUUCGGCUGACACCAUGAUCGCGUUAGAGCUUCUUGACGGGGGUCCUCUGGUGUUUUUCGAACUCUAGUUUUAAGCUUCUUGUCUUGUGUAUUUCAACUAGUCAAAAAAAAAAAAAAUAAAUAAAUAAAAAAAAAAUAAACACUAUCAAAGCCCCUGGUCACAGUGUCUUGGUAGAAAGGUUACUAAUCGGAAGGUGUUAUUGUACUGUGAGUGAUCGGGACGAAGUUUGCCAGUAUCUUUUCAAUAGUUGAUUUAAAGGUUAAAUAACCGAGAAAAGAGUUCAUUGAUCAUCCCAAUAGUGGCACUCACCUGUGGACAAGAUGCUUCUGCUACUGAUUUUAUGAUGAAGCGGAUUCAAAUCUGUCUCGGUCACUUGUAAGUGAUUUGCGAACGUAUAUAUAUAUAUAUAACGUUUGCACGUAAACGGAGCUUUGGAGCGACUGAAUUUUUUUUAUUAUUAUUAUUAUUUUUAAACUGGUCAUCUCUCCAAAUCCGUCAAGAUGGAGGGGCGCAUUUACGAAAACGUGGACGAUCUCCAGGAACUCGCUUACAAGUUGGCGGAAUUGGAGCAGCGGGUGGUGGAGCCGAAGCCCGCGCCGAGGAAGCCGAGGAAAAGGUGCGAGUAAUGGAGAGAAGGCUAGAGUGGAGUGCCGGUGGCGGAGGCGAUGGCGGAGGUGGGCCGGGCAGAGGUGGAGAAGAGGCGGAGGACGCCAACGACAUCCAGGUGGAGAUCGUGGAGAAGGAGGCGGUCAUCACCAACCUCUCGUCGCAGAUCGAGGAGCAGAGACAACUCCGACUGCAGGAUGCCAAGAAAGUUGAGGCCAAGGCUGCCAAAAUCAAGGAGUGGGUCACCAACAAGCUCAAGGAGCUGGAGGACCAGAACGCCCACCUGCGAGAGCAGAACGCCAAGUGCAACGUUCAGCUUGAACUGUUGAGAGGACGACUCGCUCACCUGUCGUCUAUGCAUCCCGAUAAGGAUCGAGAUACGGAGCGAUUAUGGAAAAGGAGGUCCCUAAGUCUGCCUAAGGACUCCUCCAGGGGCAGCUACGAAGGAGAUCGACCUGACAGUGACGAGAGUCUUCCUGACGGUCACAAUGAGGCCGACUAUAUUCCAUCUCGCCCUGCUACCUUAGGAAGAGACAGACGUUCCAAAUCUAGGUCUCCAGCGAGUCUUCGAAGAGCGAGUUCGAGUGAUACCGAUGCUAACUACGGUGAGAUUCGUUUUAAAUCCCGACACAAUGGAAUCCCAAGGACCGGUGUUGAAAAGAGAAAAACCAGAGAUUCCCGUGUUGAUUCCGGUUCUGUCGAUCUAGAAACUCCUUUGAGUUUAAGUCCCAAAAGUCCUCUCGAGGCUAUGCUUAAUAGCUUGACCCAGAGCACAGGUAGUUUGCCACGCACAGGAUCCAGAGCUGGUAGUCGAGGUGAAAGCCCGCGCAAACCUGUGCCCCAGCCUCGAACUAAACACUUGAAAAAGGGUGGUAGUGUACCUGCCUCAGUCACAAAGAGUGCCGAUAGUUUAGACUUGGAACUAGAUGGGUACGACAACACUGAAAGUACGGAUUCUAGUCAGUUGGUGCAGUCAGGCGACAGCCAUCUCAGUGAUGAUGUUCACAGGACGCAGGCCAAGGACGAAGGCCAUGAUUAUAGUGAGAUUUACACACCGAGUCGUGAUAAUACCCACUGGCCUGGUGAGGAUGAAACGAAUGGAGAAAAACCACCCACGCCACCUCUUCACAGGUUCCCUUCAUGGGAGUCCAGAAUAUACCAGGUUGCACAAGAAGGACUCUCUGGUGCUGGAGUAGCAGCUACAGCAGAUUCCCGGAGUCGAGUAAGGACCUCUGGCCUGGGGAGUUAUCCUGAAAUACAUGUGCCUGUUUAUGCUGCUGUUAAAGGGCGUGCUAGUCAAAUUAGAUCGGUUCCAUUUACCGGAGAUUCGUCGGAUUCCUCUGACGGCGAGGAUCACUGCGGGGGCUCAGAUUCACGAGGACUCUCAUCUCACACACCUUCCUCCUCUGCGGAGUCGUCCUCCAGCUCCCCUUCGAAAAGUAAAACAUCGUCUCUUUCCCCAGCUAAACUAUCAGGUUCCUCUCCUUCAAAGAGCAUGAGAAGAGACAGCAGUCGCUUAUCCCAAGACUCGGGGGAUUAUGCCGAUUAUGCCAUCCCACCAGAUGCUAUGCCAGAUGCAAUGCCAUCCCUUAAGAUACCGGAUACGUCAUUUGAAUCUGGCGUAUCGGAUGACUAUGCAAUCCCACCAGACGCGCGAAGUGAGAGCGGAUCUCUUGAGUCCACCAUGGCACCCACCCUCAGUGCAAGAACGUCGUGUAUUGAGACAACAACAAAUACCCUCACGUCAAGUCAGAUUGAAUUCCUUGCUAAGAGUCUUCAAAUCCGAUGGCACCCAGGACGACACUGUUUGAGACGCAUAGGAACAGUAUCACCUCGUAGAGAAAGUUCCCUGGAAAAGAACGGCUAUCUCAUAAAACUAGGAGGGAAGCUAAAAACAUGGAAGAAGCGUUACUUUGUCCUUAAAGAUGGAACUCUUACCUAUUGGAAAAGUCAGAGUGACAUUCACCGGAAACCAGCAGGUCAAAUUACUCUCAACGAAGUUUGUCGAGUUACCCGCUCAGAAGGUGCUCACACUUUUGAAGUCAACACAGGCAAGAAGACUUACUACCUCACUGCAGAUAACACAGCUCUGGUGGAAGACUGGGUCAGAGUUUUACAGAAUGUUCUUCGACGUAAUGCAACAAAGUUACUACUUAGCAAAGAAGAUAAUAAGCCAACACUUCAAGGGUGGUUAACCAAGGUUAAGCAUGGUCAUGCACGCAGAUGUUGGUGUGUCUUGAUAGGCAAAAUGUUUAUAUAUUUCAAGAGUCCUAAUGAUCAAAAUCCAAUUGGCCAAAUUAAUAUGAGGGAUGCUAGAGUGGAGGAGGUAGAAAAAGUGUCCGACUCAGAGGGUGAAGAAGUUGCUGACGAUGAUACUCCCAAAGAAGAUUUAACAAUAGGCAUCUUUCCUUCUCACCAGGGGCCAACCUACCUCAUAAUGCCCAAUAAGCAAGAAAAAGAUAGUUGGUUGUACCAUUUAACAGUCGUCUCAGGUGGUGGACCAAAUGCUGGGACUCAGUAUGAACAGUUAGUUCAAAAACUCAUGGAGUUGGAUGGAGAUCCUAAUUGUGUAUUAUGGCGUCACCCAUUGCUGCUUCAUAGUAAAGACCCCAUUACAUCUCCUCUUACUUCUCUCCCGUCCUCCCAGCUUCAGGCUGAGGCUAUUAAACUUUUUAAGUCUUGUCAGUUAUACACAUCUGUCUUAAUGGAUUCAUCAGGUAUUGACUACCAUGUGGUAUUAUGUCAAAAUGCUCUCCAGCAGUGCCUCACAUACCCAGAGCUUCAAUCUGAACUUUUCUGUGGAUUAAUUAAACAAACAUCAAAACAUCUUCAAGCGAAGCCCGGGGUUCAGGUAACGAAGACUCUGAACAAAAUCAAGCACUCUCGAAACCUGCUGUUGUGCGCAACUCAAUCGUUAUUCUUGUGCGACUCAUCUGGGGCCCAGAAGGCCUCUCCCACAUUAGGCAGCAACCAACAACUUCCUGCGGAUCCUAAAAUUAACCCACCAUCAUUCACCUUCAUCCAGGGUUGGCAGUUCCUAGCCUUAGCCAUUUCACUCUUUGUGCCGAAAAAUAAUAAGCUCUUGUGGUAUCUAAAACUGCAUCUACAGAGAAAUGCAGAUACAAAGUCAGAAGUUGGGAAAUAUGCUGCAUAUUGUCAGCGAGCUUUAGAAAGAACCCUAGAACUUGGAGGUCGGGAAGCAAAGCCAUCUCGAAUGGAGGUUCUGUCUAUUUUAUUAAAAAAUCCUUAUCAUCAUUCAUUACCUCACGCUAUACCCGUCCACUUCAUCAAUGGAACCUACCAGGUUAUUGGUUUUGAUGGAUCCACAACUAUAGAUGAAUUUCUUACAUCUCUCAACCAAGAAAUUGGGUGUCGGGAUGUCCAUCAAUCUGGGUUUGCUCUCUUUUCCGAUGAUCCUAUUGAAAAAGAUCUGGAACACUGUCUUAAUCAUAAUGCAAAGCUCUGUGAUGUUAUUUCCAAGUGGGAAACUGCUCUUAGAGAAAAGGGCUCUGGUAAAUUUGAAAAUACCAAAGUCAUCCGAUUACUUUAUAAGUCUCGUCUGUACUGCAGGGCAUUGUGUAAAUAUGAAACCGAUAGAGAAAAGUUGUUACUAUGUUAUCAGGUGAAUCAACAGAUCCAGCAGGGUAAAUUCCCUAUCACCAAAGAACUGGCACUAGAACUGGCGACCCUCAUGGCUCAGAUUGAUAUGGGAGAAGUCAACAGUGAGAGAUCAAGAGGUUCAGGAUCAUCUGGACCUUCAGCAGCUCAUAUUCAACAAGCAUUCACAAAGUUCUAUCCUGCAAGAUAUAGGGAAGAUCUCAAUGAGGAAGAGCAGAAAUCUCUCUUGGAUAGCUUGCAAGAAAAGUGGGUAGGUCUUCGAGGAAGAACACAGAGUGAUUGCGUGAGAAUUUACCUGACUUGUACUCGAAAGUGGCCGUACUUCGGUGCAACGCUGUUUCCUGCAGCCACUCCCACAACAGAUGGUCCUCCAACCCCUGUGUGGGUUGCUGUCAGUGAAGAUGCUAUAACCCUUCUCGAUCAUGCAAGCAUGGCAUCUGUCGGCAGGUAUGCCUAUGGAUCUGUUGUGACAUUUGGUGGCUGUCAAGAGGACUUCAUGCUAGUCGUGCAUACAAUGGAGGAUGAUGGUACGCAGCAUCCCCCAGGCACUCACAAACUCCUCCUCUGCAUGAACAAACCAAAGAUUCUUGAGCUGACAUUACUUAUUGCGGACUACAUGAACGCCUUGGGUCGACCUGUACCAAGUACUCCACAGACUGGUACUCUGACCCGCCAUGGUUCCAGAAGGUCAGCAAGGUCACAUCUCACCUCAGUACCUGGACAACCAGAUUUGUUAAAAAUGACAACAGAAGUUGAUAACAAGUUACAGCGCUUAGACGCUAAACGCCGAGCACAGGCUGACUCCUCAGCUGUAUGACCCGCACUAAAUACUAGGUCAUCCUGAGUUAGGUUCAUGCUCGGCCCAACUGCCACGCUGUGAUAACAUGUUGGAUGUAAAGCUCAUUUUGAAAAUCUUAUGUGAAGAUAACACAAUGAUAUUGGAAUUGAAAGUGGUUCAACUUUGUCAUUAAGCUGAAAAUGCUUUUUCAUGGGUAAAAUAAACAUGAUAUAGUAAAUAUUAUUUAAAGACUUGAAAGGUUGUGUAUCUCGCACAAAAAAAGAAGUCAAUAACCUUACCCUUUGUGGCCGAGCAUGAGCUUUGUUUACUAAUUUCCAAUUGAAAUGCUAAUCUCUGAUAAGUUUGGGGAUUAUUGUUGUGUAGCCUUAACCCCCUCCCCCUUUGAAAAUACCCUGUUUUGGGUGACAAUGGAAUGAGUGGCUGACCAAGAAAUUUACAAGACAUAUGAAGAACGAUAUAGAAUUUACCGAGUCCUCUAUUCAGGCACGUGCCUUAUGUUGCACUUGAGAAUUAAUUAUAAAUUGAUUUGUAAAUUCAUAAUCAUAUUGUAGAAAGUGCAAAAUUACAGCUGUGACUGUUCAAUUACAUGACAUAAUUGACAAUGAUAUAUUUUUAUUUCACUACUACAUUAGUAUAAGUAACAUACUACGUAUAUAGGUCUUUACACUGGAAAAUACUAGUUGAAGUUUACAUAAGAGUCAUCAUAUUGUCAGACUAUAUUAGGAUAUCUUGUGAAUUAUAUAAAUAUAUAUAUAAAUUUAUAUUUGCAGUAUGUUUAGUAUCGAUAGCUUUUUUAUGCAUACUUUAUUUAUAUUUUUUACAAGUUCUUUUUUAAAAUUCGUAUCCCGAGGCUGAGAAUAAACAGUCGUAGAUUGUCUAGUGGAAUUAACCGUUGUUAAAACAACCUAAAUAACCUAAAUACAGUCUUUAAUUUGUCGAAGUCUGCUUUUAUGUAUUUUUUGUAUUCAGAACUAUUAGAAAAUAGAGAGGGGGUUAUAUAUAUAAACACAUUUAAUGAUAUCUGCACAAAUGAUAAUUUUUGCAACGAAGCUUUUUAUUGAAAACUAGCUUUCAUCCAAGCUACAGCAAUGAAGAACACUGUACUUUACUGAGCUGUAUAUUCAGUGCUUUUUUGUUUUGGCACUGUUGUAAUGCUACGAGCAGACUUUUAUUGAAGCCAUAUGUUUUUCAUUGAAGCCAUGUGUUUUUAAACUAAUGAUUUAAGGUGCCAUAAGUACUAGUCAGAAGUGUGAAUGAAGUCUUAUACAAUAAACACCAUAUUUCAUAAGUGUCUGCCUUCCAGGAUGUAUGUUAAGUUAGUAUGAAAUUCAUACUGUGUAAAUAGGCAUACUAUGUGGUAACCACAUAAUAUAUAGCACGUGCGUCACAUUUAUUAAAUUCUGUUUACUGACAAAACUUGCAGAGUUAUUUCCGAGUAGUACCGACUGCAGGAGAGGACCUGCUCCUACACGGAACCAUUUGAGUCAUGUCACAUGUAAGACUGACUGGAGAAAAUGUUCAUGUGGCAUUUUAAUUUAGAUUAUACAUUUUAGCCUUUGUACAUAAGCUUUUCUUUUGUAUUUGCCUUUUUGUGAGUUUUUUAUAACAUGCCCCUUGUGGUGUUGUGAGUGAAAUAGGGAUUGUUCCUGCUACGCCUUAUAGUAUUGCUUCAGAGUGCGUUUAUAAACUGGAAAAAUUUCAUACAUAUUUAUUAAAAGAAAAAUAUUUUCAGAAAAUCAGCAGGAAUUUUGUUGUUUCCUAGUAAGCUCAGUCACAACUGGUGCCUAUCACAUGAUAAAGCUGCAAGUCAUUGGUACUCAAAACUAUAUUCGAUCACAAACUGUUUAGAAUUAGUUUGGUCUAUGUCAAACCAAAGAAAUUAUUUACAAGAGGUUGGCAAACUAUGCAGUUUGCGUAUGUCUUUGCCACUUCACAGCUUUACCUUCAGAAGGGUUAAACUCUGUUUAUACAAUACGUAUUAUGAUCUUUUAAGAAAAGAAACUGGCUAGAUUUAUAAAUUCCAUUUCUUGUUUUCUAAAUAUCCUUUCAUUUUGUUUCUCGUUUUCUAAAUAUCCUUUCAUGCAAAGACUCAAAUUCAUAAUAUGUAUACAAAAUUGUCAGACUUAAUAGUAUAUGUAUAUGUAAAAUAAGGCCACAAUUGAAUGGACAAUCCGCUCGAUUUUAGCAAACCAAGAAAUUUAGUGCCACAGUAAUGUCUCAGUGAAGGUGUGUGAGACUUUGAGGGGCUGAAACAUAAGUUUCAGAAUAUUCCAGACUACCUUUUGAGAGGGAAGCAUUUGAAUCCAGGUAAUCUUUGUGAACACCAAAAUCUACCAAGGUAGCUCAUAGCUGAACUGACUCGAGAUAUAAGUUCCAUUUACAGGAAAUAUUAGACUUUGCCCCAUGCUUUUACUUGGGCAACAGAAGCAGGACAAAAAUACAACCCAGCAGUAGUUGUUGGUAAAAUUUAGUCCUUUUCCUUUCUCCUGAGGAGAAGGAUCAUGGAUCUCCCUUGGAUGCUGACUUACAUAAUGUGCCAAAAAACAUUUUUUCAUGAGCAAAGACACACUUGCCAAUAACUGCCUGAGCAAAAUUUCAACAUGACCAAAGCACUGUUGUGUGAAAUAUUAAGUUACUAAAAACCUGAAUAAACUAACCCUCUUGAAUCUGCAGCUCAGUAGUUAUCUGUAUAUAAGCAACUGAAAGCCAAAAAACUCAUACAGAACACAAAUCAAUGAGGGAUAUCAAGACACUGACCUCGGGAAAAAGGUUUGCGAGCUUAACAAGUGGAUCAGUAGUUAUGUAGGCAUUAGCAAUAUACUCAUCAUUCAGAAUAAAGUCCAAUGUCCUGUAGGAGUGGGACCCUCCAGGCCAUCAUCUAGAAUUUGUGGCAUGUCUUCAGGUGAUAAAUCUAGAUUCAAAUUUGUUCUCAAAGGAGAUGAGACAUUGUUCUGGAAAAAAAAAAAGAAAACCAUUUUCUAUCAUUAAAAUCAAGGCUGACCAGCAGUUAAUCCCUGUUCAAUACUGUGAAUAAUUUAGUUGGGUAUACAGAAAUUAUUAAAACAGUGUACAUAGAGUCUAAUAAAUUUUAGAUGUUGACAUUUUUGUAUAUUUUAAGUCUGCAAAAACACUUAUUUUCACUAAUAUUAAUUGUCUUAAAUAGAUUUGUGAUAAACUUCACAGAACAGGAAUGCCUUUACAGCUGUGCAUUUAUAUAUUAGUUAAUUAGCCAUGUGAACUAGAUGACUUUCAAAUUUGACUGAAGUUUUUUUAUUUCUUAAGAGGUGUGCAUAAAUUGCAAAGCAAACUACGUUAACAGUUAAACCUAUUACGUAUAUAUUUUCAGUAUGACGAGAAUCAGAUAUUUGUAGCCGAGUUGAGUUUUCCACUUGGUGACAUUAAAAGCAUCACAAAAAUUAGCAAUGAUUCAAAAUAUUUUUAUUGUGUCCCUUAGAAUUUUGAAAGCAUAACUAUGAAAAAUACAAAAUGUAUAAAAGCUUAUACUCAAAAUCAGUGUAUAAUAAUAUACUUUUUAACUUCUGUAUGCUAAAUACUGUUGAUAAAAGAUGAUAGCCUUCAGAUUAUGUAGAAUUAAUUUGCAUACAGAAAUAACCUUCAUUUUUCAAUAACAAACAAGUUCCCUGUACAGUUUUGCACUAAAUGAACUAGAUAAGAUUUUGUCACCUCUUUUCCCCUCUUUACGACAAAAUAUCUUGAAACUUACAAACCAGAUGCAAAAAAAGGUUGGGUGGUUUACAUCAAAUAUGUAAAGUAAAUAACCCAACACAAAAGACCAAGAAAUUGUCCACACUUUACAUUUAAAUGGAAAUGUUAAACUUACUAACUCAUAUGGAACAAUAUGUUAAAUUUCCAAUCCCAAAUUUGCAUAAAUGUCAUUGAUCCCUACUAUCUAAAUCAUAUAUACGUACAUCCAUAUUUUUGUAACAAAACAUGAAAAACUGUAAUAUACAAGAAGCCAAGAAGGAAAAUACAAAUGUAUGCGAUUCGUUUUGAGAAACAAUUAGCCAUUGCCAUACAUUUCUCUGGUUGUAAUACAGCAAACUUCUAAGUAGUAGCAAGGCACGAUGCAUGUAUCAUAAAAGCAAUUACGUAGUGUUGUUUAUAUUUUAUUAUUGUAAAAUUAUCAUACUUUGGAAGAUUACUUUAAAAGUCAAAUGAAACUAAUGUUGGCUGUUAUUUGGAAAUGAAAAAUAUUUGUUCAUUAUAAUGCCACUUAAUUCAAAUUUCCUUAGGCCUGUACACUGUACACUGAUUAUAAGUUUGAAUCGAAAAUAAUAGGGGUUUAGCAUAAUAAGCUUGAUAGAAAAUACAAUUAUAUAUAGAAAUCCAAGAAAAUCCAUUGUAUUAUGAAUAAAAGAAAUUAAAGUAUCUUACAUUUUUAUAAAGUUCAACUUUACGUGUGACGCUGCAAGGCUAUGCUACAAGCUCUUACUUGCUGGUCUCCUCAUCGUCCAUCUGAUUGGCGAAUGUAUCUCUGGUUGCAAAACAAAGUCAAAUGAAAGUUUUGGCAUUUGUGGCAGGGCAGUUUCAUAUCUGCCUUGUAAGCAGUACUUUGCACAUUGCAGCCAUGGAAGUUGACAGUCUUUCAGCCUGACCUGACAAGAAAUAAGCAAAAAUCCAUCAGUGUGCGAGAUGUAAAAAAUUGUUUUAGAAAUUAUUAAAGUACUGGUAUUAAAAUAUAUCACAAAUCAAAUGUUGAUUGUGUGUAUAUUUUGAAUCUUUUAUGGAGUUUAAAAAGAUAAGAUUGUAGCUGUAAAAAAAAUAUUCAUGUAAAUGCAGUUUGCUCUUUCCAAAAAUGGAAAACUGUAAUUUCAGGUGCUCUUAUGUUUGUGGGUUAUUAGAGCACAUAUGUAAUGAUACUUUGACAGGAACACACUGUUGACCAUCAUUCAGUCUUAUUUCUUCGUUACGAAUUCAAUCUCUCGCUACCCGAUUGUGCCAUUCUUGGAAGUGAUAAAGAAUUUAAAUUGACAUAUUGUAUCAUUCUUAUUGGCAAUUAUAAACCUUUUGAUUUCCUCAAGGGUACCAGAAAGUUGUGCUAUUUAUUUUAGCAGAAGUCUCUUCAUUAAUCUACUUAAAUCUUUCUCAAUUAUAAUUUUGAUAAAACUCUGUUCAUGUGAUUAUUUUGUCCAAGUGAUGCUUGUAAGUGUGGGUGUUUUUAUAAAUGUAACUAUGUAAUUAACUAUAGCAUUUAGGAAAAUAAAGAAAUGAAUUAA